AUGACAAUCUCCAUCUUUAUUAUAAUUAUAUUUUUCAUUAUAUUUAUUCGUAUUCAAUCAGUAUCCUUCGUCAUUGACGACAAACCUCAUAUUGAAACCACGAUCAUCUCACAAAGAUCUACAAGAACAACUCGAGUGAAAUUAAUCUCCACAGAAAUGAUAACGUCAAAGCCAAGUAAUAUUUCUCGUGUCAUUCCCUGUAAUCCAUUAAAAGUUUCAAAUUAUUCAACUUAUUCAGCCAACAGAGCUCCAUGGUCACUUAGUACUGGUUAUUUAGAUGAAGAUCCAUAUCUUGAUAUUGUUGUUGCUUUUCGAAGUAAUGCUAGUGUUGGAUUUUAUUAUGGUAUCGGAAAUGGAGCAUUUCAACUAGCAGAAGUACGUACAAGUCACUCACCUCCUGUUUAUGUUGCAAUUAAAGAUAUAAAUCAUGAUAAUAAAUCGGAUAUAAUAAUACCUUUUCGUCACACAAAUACAUUUGGAAUUUUCAUUAAUCAUGGAAAUCGCCGUUUUAGUUCAAUAGAAAACCAUUUUACUCAAUAUUAUCGAAUCGAAUAUUAUCCAUAUUGGGUUGAUAUAUCAGAUUUUAAUCAUAACUCACUAUCGGACAUUGUUGUUGUUAAUGGUUAUGAUGCUUCUGUAACUAUUUUCUACGAUUAUUCUAAUUCAAGAUUUAAGUAUACAAAAAUAUAUCAAGCUGGACAUGAUUGUACGGCUGUGUCAGUUGCAGAUUUUGAUAAUGAUACAGAUGAUGAUUUUGCUGUUACUGAUUAUAGUGAUAAUACAAUAAGUGUUUACAUAAAUGAUAAAAAAGGAUUACAGGGAAUGACUACAAAAAGAAUGUAUAUGUAA